GAUAAAGUAAAAAAGCGGUUUAUGAUGGUAAUUUAAAAUUAAUAUGUUUAUUUUUUAUGUACAAAAACAUUUUAAGAAAUGCAAAGAUGUCGGAACAUGGAUCAGCUUUGCAAACUUAUAAUCAAGAAUUAGUUAAAUGCCUCGAACACUUAAAGUUAGAAAGAAAUGAGUUAGUAGAAGUAAUUCGUCGAGAAGAGGCAGAAAAAAUGGUUCUAGAAAAAAAUAUUCGCAUUUUAGAAGACAAACUUUGUAACCUCCAAGACAGAUUGCAGCAUCAUAAAAAAAUGUGUGAUAAUUAUGAUAAAACAAUUAGUGAGACAGACAUGGGAUAUAAGAAGAUAUUAGAAAGUAGUCUAGCCCUUUUACGAUCGGCACAAAAUGAAACUAGUAAAUUAGUAACAGGGUACGAUACUGUCACUGGUUUUCUACAGCACGUAAAAGAAGAUUAUUAAUUUUUUACAGUAUUUGUAAUUUUAAGUAUUUUAUUUUUAAGUAUUCGCUAUAAGUACAAUUAAUUAUUCAUAACUAUUUUUAAAAAUGAUACCUACUUUAAAUUGGACGGCUUUUUAUUAAAUUAAAAUUAAACAUAAUGAGAAUAUUUAUUUAAUAAAAGGUUUACAAGGUUGUUUAUAAAUAUAUCACAAGAGUGUUUAAUAUAACAAAAACUUUUGUUAAUAUUCGAGAGAAUGUCAUACUAAAUAAAAUAUUCAAGCAUUU